AUGCUUCCAAGUUCGACCGAUGAGCCGAUUGAUUAUUUUCUGGGUACGAUUUUCAACGAGUGUAAUGAGAUUGUAUCAGUGGAUAAGAGAGCGGAUGUUUGGCUUCAAAUCGAAAGAUGUCGGAAAGGAGAUGAUGGUGAAUUUUGUGAAGAGCUCGAGGUUGUUGAGACAGAAUUUGCGGAACUUCACUCGUAUACAUUGAGCAAAAGGAUCCAUCUCAAGGACGAGCUUGGGGAGACUCAGGAGAUGCGCCUGCCGGGCAAACAAAUUCGACCUCGAAGAAGAACCGAAGAGGGGAUCUUUUCACAGGCUGGUCAUG